AUGGUAAUACACAAAUUUGCAAAACUCUUGUUUAAGAAGAGGAAUCAACACAAGUGUCAUCCUCAACCAAAUGAAGACUUAUCAUCAUUUCAUUCUUUUCAAUCUCAUGUUUCCAAACUCAUUUCCCAAUUAGCAUUGGAACUCAAACCUGAAUCUAAUUUGUCCUUGUCAUGGUUUCAAAGAUGUUUUGGUCUCUUGCCCUUCAUCAACAAAGCUUUUGCAAAACUUUUAGUGGACAAUGAUUAUCCAAUAACUCAAUGGGAUGUUGAUUCCAUUGAAGAGUAUCUCAACUAUACCAUGAGUUUGUUGGAGCUUUUGAAUUCCAUUUCUUCUUCUCUUUCUCAUAUAGGCCAAGCUACACUCUCUCUAGCUCAUGGUUUGAAUAUGACUUUGGCGGAAACGGAGGCUAGAAUGUAUUUGAAAGCAAUUCAACCAUCAGGGUGUUAUCGCACCAAUUUCAGUAGACAUCUUCACACAAAAGAUAAAAAAGCAAAGAUUUUUUCUGGUCACAAGUGGAUUGUUGAUGAGGGUUUAAAGGAAAUGAAGAGCAUUGGAUUUUGGGUAUGUGGAGUUCUCUUAUCUUGUUUAUAUGGGGAUUGUAAGCCAUACAUGGAACUAAGAAAAACUGCUGGUGGAUUUGAGAAUUCUCUAGUUGGCAUUCUUGAUUUCAAAAUCAGUGAGAAGUUAGUGAAGAAAAAGCCGAGCUUCUGUGAGAUCGAAGAGAUGAAUAAUGGUGUUGCUCUCCUUGUUGAUGGGGAUGAAGUAAGACAUGAUGCAGCCAAAGAUUUGCAGGGAAAGUUGUGUGAGUUGAAAAAGCUAUUUGAUGAUAUAAGCCAGGAAGUUGAUCAUUUAUUUAAUGAUGUAAUGAUUCAGAGAACUAAAUUAGUUUGCAACUAG